GCUCAAUAUCGAAACAAAACGCUUGCCUUACUCACGGGUAAUGCUGCGUGGGCGGAUCAGGGACCGCUGAUGGGUCCAGGUCUCAUGCCGCGCACAAUGCACUGCUCUAUAAGAGCGAGCCUGUCGUGAACGAUGUCUUCAAGCCCCUUCUCCCGCGCCGCAGAAGCUCAACAGACAAUAUGAAGGCCUUUGCGAAGACCCUCCCCUGGGCGACAGCUCUGCUUCCGCUUGCACUCGCGCAGAAUGCGACUAUCAAUCUUACGCCAGCAGCUACUGGGUUCGACUCAGAUAAUGCUGCCUUGAUCUACGCAUCUUCGCCUGUCCUCCUCGCCAACGACGGCAGUGCAGCGGACGGAGGUUUCCGCACUUUCUCUGCUUCAAACGCUACGAAUUCGACUUCAUUUACUGAGCGCUCACACAAAAAGUCCGGGCGCACGAAAAUCGCUAUUCCAGUAUACGACGUUGGUGGUCGAGAUCUUAUCUUCAAUAUCCCCUCGCCAAACUCGAUCAUCAGAGCUUACAAUCUCAAAAGUGGUAGCGAGAUUCCGGGAUCGCGAAAGUACGAGCUCGGUGACUGGAGUGUAGCGCGUAGCUGGCGCAGCCAGGCGAGCGGAAACAAUUAUGUGUUCCUCUUCGGCAAAAAGAUGGUCGUUCAAUUUCUUGUUCGAGGCAAUGGCGAAGACGUGCAGGUACUCGAGGUUCAAACACUCCCAAUCCCAAUCGAAGGCGAGACAGCUGCCGUCUUCCCCAACGGACAAAUUUUCUUUUCUGGUGGUGAGGGCGACACCCUGUAUUCCUUCCAAGCAUCCGAAAGUACCACGACACCCGAAGUCCGUACUGUGAGCGAAGAUCUGAAGAUUGAAGGUCUCGGUGCAUAUCACGCCAAUUCGAGUGAUUACCUGCUGGUCGCUCACGAUGAGGUAAUUGAUAUCUACGAUGCAAACUUCAGUCAAAAGGGCUCAGUCACCCUUGAGGGCAUUCCGGAUCUGGCCAUUGGAGGCGAUGUAUCAGUGCUACAGUCUUCAUCUACCAAUUACCCUUCGGGCUCUAUCGCGUUCGCUUUUGAGGGUGAGGACGACACUGGCAUCGCAAUCGGAUCUCUCGAAGGUGUCUUGAAGGCGGUCGACAUCCAGGCAAACACUCAAUACGAUCCACGGACCAAGCCCUGCGGAUACUGCACGAGCCCAAUUUCUGACGUCUGUUCGAAUAACGGUUUCUCCCAGAGUAACAGCACAUGCAGCUGCUUUCCUGGCUUUUCUGGCACAGAUUGCUCAGAGAUCACGUGCCAGAACGACUGUUCAGGCCAUGGCAGCUGCGAUGGCCCCAACGUGUGUAAAUGCGAAGCUGGCUGGGCGGGGCCUGAUUGCUCGUUCGUGGCUGUCAAGGCCAAGUAUGAGACCGAGGCAAAUGGCGGAGAUGGUGACGAUCCCGCAGUCUGGAUUCAUCCGACCCAGCCAGAUCAGAGUAAAAUCAUCACAACCACAAAGUCACAGGGUGGAGAAGGAUUUGGCGUAUUCAAUCUGGAAGGAAAGCUGUUGCAACAUUCCUCUGCUUCGGAGCCGAACAACGUGGACAUCAUUUAUGGUCUCCCCGUUGGGAACCGCAGUGUCGACCUGGCGUACGCUGCGUGUCGUGGUGAUAAUACCCUCUGCAUGGUUGAAGUGACCAGCGACGGCAUGCUCAAGAACAUCACUGGCGGCACACAAGCUCUCCCGGAAGAUUACGAACCCUACGGGUCCUGCACCUAUCUUUCUCCCAGAUCCAAGAAGCAAUACUUGUUUGUCAAUAACAAGGACGCUGAGUAUCUCCAAUACGAGCUUUCUGCAACCGCAAACGGCACUCUCCAGGUCUCUCUCGUCCGAAAUUUUACUGGCGGUUCAGGCGGCCAAGUUGAGGGCUGUGUUGCCGAUGAAGGCGCUGGCUUUAUAUUCCUUGGCGAAGAGCCGUCUGGAAUUUGGCGUUACGAGGCUGAACCUGAUGGCUCGAACGAAGGAUUUCAAUUCGCCAAAGUCGGUGACGACGGCUUACAUGCUGAUGUCGAAGGCCUGACGCUCGUGACCGCGAAGAACGGCACUGGCGGAUAUAUUAUGGUGAGCAGUCAGGGGAUCAGCGCGUACCUAGUUUACGAUCGUGCGCCUCCGCAUAAGUAUGUCACGACCUUCACCAUCGUGGAUAACGAAGAGAGGGGCAUUGACCAUGUUACCAAUACGGAUGGUUUGGCCGCCGUGCCUAACAAGCUUAAUGCAGACUUCCCUUACGGCUUAAUUGUCACGCAUGACGAUGCAAAUGAGCUCUCGGAAGGUGGCACAAGUGCUGAGGCGAGCUUUAAGUUGACCAGUUUGGUCGAUGUGCUGGGUGAGGAGAGGGCCAAAGCCUUGGGCUAUUGAAAAUCUGGCGUCUUUCCAAUACAAGACGGGGUUUCAGAUAUAAUUGGCAUCUGCUAUCUU